AUGAAGUUACUACUCGAUGCUUUGGAGAUUCCGCCUAGUCUAUCUCAGGUAGACCUUGACAUGUCGAAGGCUUGGAUCGAGACGGCCCUCAACGCCAUUGAAGGCCAAGACCCCAAAGCCAUGGAGCUGUUUUUCGAGGACACAGCUACUAUGGAUCUUCCGGGGCUGCCUCGCAUAGAAGGAUUAGAAGCCAUCAAACAGUUUUAUGUGUGGAUUAUUCGCUCCAUUGUCCAGAUGGCCAUUGUCGUGAGAUCCGCAAAAAUUAGUCCAACUGGCUUGGCGAUGGACAUCGAGGUGAAAUUUGACUUCAAGGACACAGACUCUGUUGUUGUGGUUUCUACUUUUGACACGAAGAAGGAUCUACUGGGAAAAGUGAAAUAUGGGAAGGCGGUAGGCGGAGAACUUAUGCCCUUGUGGGCCAAGUGCGAGGAAGUGUCCGGUCCUUUCCCAGCGCAAGCCGCUAAAACCAUGAAUUAG